AUGAACGAAAGUUUUAAGCGUUAUUUUCCUUCUGCAUCUGUACCUCUUCCUACCCAUAAUCCUUUACAAUUAUUACAUUGGAAGGAUCAAGAGCGACAACAUAAUACUUGGUAUUUGGAAAAAUAUAAUCGUCUUCAAGAUUCUCGCAAGCAGCCUUUGUCUGUUGAUUGUGGUCCGGAUGAUCGUCUUAUUAUUCAAUUCAAAGAACAGGUCAACAAAAUGAUUUGUAUUUAUCACAAUUAUCGGGAGCUCGAGACUUUUUGCAUUCAUCCGCUGCUUUUUUCUCAUGAUCUCAUUAGUAAGGAGACCAGGCUUCUUUUCUGUAUCAAGGAUCAGAUUGAUGGUUCAAUUCGUUAUAAAUUUCGUGUAAAGUUUGUCUCUCAAGAUGAAGUAAUUUCGUUUUGUUCUGCGGUGGCUGGAUAUGUUACAAUUAAAUCUUAUGAGGAAUGGUCAAAACAAUCUGAAGGUGCGAGAACUCCGACAUUUUCUGAACGGGGUAGAACUCCAAUGUCAGAGAAAGGGAAUAUUACUCCAUUGGAGCAAACUUUUGACACAACCAUUGUAAACGAGACUGAUGCCAGUGAAAGUGUUUCUGCAAAUCGUGCUCCAGUUGAAGAUAAAACCGGAACAAAUGGGCAGAAUAUCAUUAAUGGUAUAUUUUUGCUUUAUUCACGAUGCUGUUUUGAAAAAAAAAUUAUUUUCAUUUUAGUUCACAUUGGGAAUCUGAUAUCUGUUGAGGCUAUGCGCGAAUUUGGGAAUAUUUUACUUCAAAUAGUCGACAAAUGUAUUUCUUCCAAUAAGAAGGAACAUAACAAGAAGAACCUUAUACGACAAGAAGGACCAAAUAUUCAAUCUACUUCGACAGUUCAGCCUGCUCUUCCAUCUACUACAAAAUUACCGGCGAAGCGUGGUCGUAAACCCAAUCCAGAAAAUAAUGAGAACAAGCCUGUAGCUAAGAAGAGGAGAGAUAUGAAUCCCUCUAAAUGGCGAAUUUAUGAUUUUGAGCGUCAAUUGCUUCAAAUGGUGAAGGAGGAAAAGGCUGAGAUCCACAAAGCGAGAACUCCCGGGACUAAAUACAAUCUUCGUGGCGUUACAGAUGAGAAUGAGUGA